GGAGGAAGACGAAGACCAGGACCCCUACCUCUUCGUUCCGACUGAAUCGUCCUUCAACCUGACCAACGAAGAUAUGUCAGGAAGUAUUCGUCAACAGAGGAAUGCAGGGCAAAUCCGUAGGGACUACGGUACGUCGUCCUAGACCUACCUACGUCGCCACGACUCUCGCCUUUGCCCCUUAGCGAGAAAGAACUCACAUGCAGCAGGUACCAUGGAUUCCUCCAUGAAAAUGGACUACGACCCCAGACCAGACGAAAGCCAACCUGAGAGUUCAACACGCGUCCUUGCCUCCCAGUCGCCAUCGGGCCCAGCUAGGAAGCCAUCAGUAACGCGCCGUAUGUCUUCGAAGCGACAAGUCCCUCAUAAGGGACAGGAAUUCUCUACAGACGAUGACGUACAAGAGGUGGAAGAGGAUAUCGCCAAACAACAAGGCUCCAAUCCACAGGCAUCGCCUAGGAUUCGUCCUCUGAGGAAGCAGAGCUCGACUCUGCGACGACGAGUGAAUGCCCGAAUGAGUCCGUUGGCUCAAGCAGAUUCAGACAAUGAUGGUGAGGACGAUACCGUUCUGCCUGAUGCCGCUGUGGAAGGAACCGGGCCGGAGCCGUCCAUUCAGCGAUCUGAAACUGGCAGCCAAACCGGGGAAGACGCUCACAGCGAGGAGGAUGAGUCGGCGUCAAGUGAUGCGGAAAGUUUCACGUUAAAGGAUCGCCAGCAAGCAAUAAACGAAACGCAUCCUUUCGGUAUUAGACUGUGGAAGCCCGCUUUGUACAAGAAGAGUCGCUCGGUGGAGAAAACAGCUGAAGGUGACAUCCAUUCUUCCCCUGGCGGUCGAGUGGGUAACCUCUUAUUCCUGGUCAACCUCUUGUGGACCCUGUUCUUCGGCUGGUGGCUAGCCCUGGCUGCCCUAACAGGGGCUGUCGCGUGCUUCGUGUUCGCGUAUUCGCCCAGUGCAGUAGAAUACGGACGGGUCUUUUCUGGCCUCUCCUGGUAUCUAAUCUACCCCUUUGGCUCCUUCGUUCGCUUGGAUACGGACGAGAUUUACGCAGAGGAGGAUGAGGGAGAGGGUCGCAGCAUUAGCGAAUAUGAACAAUGGCAGAACGGCGACCUCGAACAUGGUAGAUUAUUCUUCGGGCCUCGACGCGAUCGAUCCCUUGUUGGAAGGAGAAGAAACAGUGUCGAUUCGGCCAGUGAGCAGGAUAGCCUACUAGGCCGAACGCAAAGAGGCCAUGCACGAGACAGCCCGGUCAGCCAACCGAAGCGACGAUUGUUCGGACGUGGCGAGUGGACACUUGGCCGUGUGGUAUUUUUUAUUUUCUUCUACUUCCUUGUAGGACCGCUAAUGCUCUUGGUCUCGCUUCUCUGUUGGUUGCUGGUCUUCUGGAUACCUAUGGGACGUGUGACCAUAAUCCUGUUUGAUCACCUUCGCCGACAUCCUCUAGCAUUGUCCUAUCAUUCUGAUACAGCACAUACCAAGCUCAGCCCCGGUUCUUCCUCGUCUGUUCUGUUGUGCACCUAUCGUGCAGCUGGUCUGCGAUACUGGAAAUAUACCGUCGGCGGAACAAACAUUUUCUUCAUCAACCUACUCGGUGUUGUAUUAUUCGUCAUAUUUGACUACUUUCUUCUCAGCAAGACCAUGGGCCUCCAAACAGCUAUUACUCACCCGGGCCUUAUAUUCACACUUGCCCUUGUUUCGAUUAUCCCCCUCGCUUAUUUUAUCGGGCAGGCAGUUGCAUCAAUCUCAGCUCAAUCGUCUAUGGGCAUGGGCGCUGCUGUCAACGCUUUCUUCUCCACAGUUGUUGAGGUCUAUCUUUACUGUGUGGCCCUGACUGAGGGAAAGGGUCAGCUAGUGGAGGGCAGUCUCAUAGGAAGCAUAUUUGCGGGCAUUUUGUUCCUCCCGGGCCUUUCGAUGUGCUUUGGUGCUAUCAAACGCAAGACACAACGGUUUAAUGUUAAGUCAGCGGGUGUCACUUCCACGAUGUUGAUGUUUGCCGUCAUUGCUGCCUUCGGUCCGACUCUCUUCUACCAGAUUUACGGCAGUCAUGAACUUAAUUGCCGCUCAUGCGUCAAUACCGUGGAGUCGAGCGGCAGCGAUUGCCGUCGCUGUUACUUUUCUCAGAUGCCGGCUGUCAAUGAUAGCUUUUUCCGGAAAGCUGUCCAGCCAUACUCCUGGUUUGCUGCUUUGUUCUUGUUUCUGUCUUACGUGAUAGGAUUAUGGUUUACACUUCGAACCCAUGCAGCCCUUAUUUGGGCUACAGAAACCGAGGAGAAGAAAGCGGCGGCUCUCGCCAGCGAGCAAGCAGCGUACGAGCCCCGAAAUUUCGAUACUGCUCAAGCCUCGGCAAUGGCCAUUGGUGGUAUGACUGCGUCAAGAGGCUCAGUGCGUGAUUCACAGCUCUACAAACGUAUUCUAGGACAGUCUCUGAAGCAUGUUGGCUUAUCCGAGUCUGCAGGAGAAUACAGCUCUAACCUCCGAGAUUCUGUUUCCACGCAUGGAAAGAAAGCAGCACCGUAUCUUGUGCCCCCGCAAACGACGACCGAGGACAAUCAUCCAAGAUUGAAGGAUUUCAGAGAUCUAUCUAGCGAGGAAAAUGAGAACUUUGUGCGCCGGGUUACUGAAGUAGCAGCGACGGCGGCGACUGUUGCCGCACGUGAUGCAGCUCGGUCCCGAAAACCGUCCGUUCAACUCGCUCCGCUCCGUCAAGCUAGUAAAGCCCCCGUUGAUCUUACAAAGUCACACUUGGACGAAACCGACGAGAUCGGUCUCGAAAAUAAUCAUACCAGUGGUGGGCAUGAUGCGCCGAACUGGAGCAAAGCCAGGAGUUCUAUAAUCCUCUUGGUGGCAACCAUACUGUAUGCUAUCAUUGCUGAAAUCUUGGUCAACACCGUCGAUGUGGUCCUAGAGAGUGUCGAUGUGGACGAAAAGUUCCUUGGAAUCACACUUUUUGCCCUGGUACCCAAUACUACAGAAUUCCUAAACGCGAUCUCCUUCGCUAUGAAUGGCAAUAUAGCGCUUUCCAUGGAAAUCGGAUCAGCCUAUGCAUUGCAAGUUUGCCUCUUGCAGAUCCCCGCAUUAGUUCUUUUCAGUGCCCUUUAUUCUCGCCUUAUAGAUCCUUCAGAAUUGCUGACCCAUACGUUCAACUUAAUUUUCCCUCAGUGGGACAUGAUCUCGGUCAUUCUUUGUGUCUUCCUCCUUUCUUACGUUCAUGGUGAAGGCAAGAGCAACUAUUUCAAAGGCUCGAUUCUCGUCCUUACAUAUCUUGUCGUUGUGAUUGGGUUUUAUCUAUCAGGCUACAGCAACAUAGAAACCAUGGGAAUUGACCGUUUCGACACGCUGGCUCUUGGCUCAAGCUCGCCGGAGAAGUUUUACACUAUCGGUCGGGCCACAAGUGGCCAAGCCUUCAUCCCUCAUUGACAAUUUUCUUCCCACUGUCGCAUGUCAGUUGUAAGUAGAGACAGCUGCCGAGCCUUGAGGGAUGUCUUGGUGUGCGUCUAACCUUAUCCUGCCUAACAACGGGCUUUCUUCAUCUAAGCUACUCAUACUAUGUCAUUAUCUUGUUUCCUGAAAAGUUUAAAUAGAGGUACCAUUAUUGUUUUG